CUCAAUGUAUUCAACAAUUCAGUGUGUAAAAACUUUAGAAGAAAGUUACUACGUCCAUUCACAUAACUGGAUUGGCUGAAUGGAAGCAACUGUACCUUUCUAAUGAUGGAGACCAAGUUGUCAAAUAAUGUGUCGUGUUGCGUGCCCUUUCUUAUUUUAUUUUUUAUUUUUUUUUGUAUUGCAUAUCAUAAUUCUUUUACAUCUUGAAAAUUGGUAAACAUGGAUAGGCAACCUUACAUUUAUCAUUAGAGUGAAGCAUUAAGCAAUCUUUAUUUACCUUGAAAAUUGCUCUGGGUCUAGUAGGCUAUACAUACACUUUUUGAUAUCAUUGUUUCAUAAAUAUUGAAGCUUCUUUUACCAAUCUGUUUUGCUUUGAACAUGAAAGCUUAUAAGGAUAGAGAUGGAGAUUUGAAUGUACUCCAGAAGCCGCCAAACUUUGCAUCUUUUUUUUUGUUUUUUUGAUUAAGCCCCAAAACUAGUUUUCUGUUCAAUUAAGCUGUCCAUCUUUCCCAACACACCAACCCUUCAUCACCCAAUGUUGCACCUAGAUUUUUAGCUAAUAGUGCAAUUUGACAAUUGAAUCCUUACUUUGAUUAUUGAUCUUUGAGCUAUUUUAAUUCAGUAGAUUGUGAGUUGAUGGAAUUUCUAGGUUGAUUAUUGAUCUUUGAGCUAGUAAUUCCAACUGCUAGAGGACCGGGGAAUUUGAUGGGAUAACUAAUUUGCAAUAUGGUUAAGUAUUUAAAAUGACUGAAGAUAACAGUAUUACUAACCUCAGUUGGUUAAAAAUAUUUUAGCAUAUAGUAUUACUAGCCUCUACACCAAGGUCACAUAGACCAACUACAGUCAUUGCCAUGAUAUUACACAAGGUUCUGAAUGAUGUAAUCUCUAAACAUCUAAUCACAUUUUAGCUAACAUCUAGUGUUCUUUGCGUCUUUGUAUGAAAAAAGGAAAAAGAAAGUGAAGUAUAGGCUCCUUGUUAGUGGAACUGUCGUUGAUUGCAUUGGUUAUUAUUGAUAUGGGAAAUUUCCUAGGUCCUUAUGCAACACUCAUCUGGUAGUGAUUGACUGAAUGAAACGUACAUCGAUUACAUUUUUUUUUUCCCCUUCUUUUUUGCCCACAGUGGUCCUCAUUUUGAUUGGGUGUGAAAAACAUUUAAUUGAAUGUGAAUAUUGGUGGUUGCUUGUGUUAAUUAGUUAAGAGUACUGUUUUUUCUCGGAGGAAAAUCUUGUUACUUGCAUCUUUGAAUGUCUUAUCAGCAUGCUGGUCUCCCUCCUGUUGGAUAGAGAUUAUGUUUCAAGGUUAUACUGCAGUUUUGGAGCUGAAUUCUGUUUUGGUUUGGUCAUUUUUUGUCAUAUUUAUGGGUAAAACUAUGGACUUAAGUUGUUCUAACUUCUGAGUUCUACGUUCUUGGUGUGCUGCAUUGAUAUCUCUCUUUAUGUCUUUAGAUAGUUCUGAAAAUCAGUACCAUCCUUGAAUACUAAAACAGAAGGAUGUCUAUAGAUAGUUCUGAAAAUUAGUACCAUCUUUAGGGUAUCUCUCUUUUCUGUUUUAUAAGUUAGACUUGGUCUAGCUUAAUCGUGGUCUUUUCUCUUGAGUUUUAAGUAUUCAAGGAUGGUACUGAUUGGGGUCAUUGUUGAUAAUUCUAUUAUGUGAUCUUCUUAUUUGAUUUUCAAGUCCUAUUUACAAAGCAAGCAAAUGCCUUCCGUUUAAUAACUAGUGGCUUAAUUGUGCUAUGUAUUGUUUUGCGGGGAGAGUUCCAACACUACAAGAGGGAAAUAGAAUGGAAAAUAUAUUUAGUUUUCCAUGGUCGAAAGAUAGUCCUAUUGUUCUUGGACCGAGAUUUAAGGAUGCAUUCCAAGACCCAAAUUCAUACCUUGCCAUAAAGCCCAUCUUUGAGAAAGAGAAGUAUAUAGUAACAUACAACCCUUCAAAGGGAAAUAUAUAUGCAUUGCUCAAGGAUCAAGCAAAAUCAGAUGACAUUUUGAAAGCAGCUUUCCAUGCUCAUGUGCUUCUGCAUAUCAUUCACUCAUCAAAUCAGAAUCAGCCUCCUUAUAAGAAGCAUCGAGAAACUGAUCAUUCGGUUGAGCAGUUGCAUAAAAUUUUUAAGCUUUGUGGCUCACCCUCUGAGGAAUACUGGAGAAAGUCAAAGUUGCCUCAUGCUACCAUUUUCAAGCCCCAACAGCCUUAUAGACGCUGUGUUGCAGAUACAUUUAAGGACUUCCCUGCACAAGCCUUAGAGCUUAUGGAGACCCUACUUUCCAUAGAUCCUGCUGAUCGUGGUUCUGCAGCUUCUGCUCUACAUAGUGAGGUAUGA